AUCUAUAUAAACGCUAUUCUAGCUUCUUUGUCUUAUAUUGUUUCUUUCGAUGGUGCAAACAGAUACAGAUCGAAGAAUGGGUCUUAAUUUGAAUAUCUCUCAUUACUCUUUAGCAAAACCAUUAUCUCAAUUUCUCAACGAUGUAUCCAAAAUCAAAGACAAUCAUUCGAAACUGUUUGAAAUCGAUGGAUAUGUUGGAAAGUUGGAGGAAGAGAGGAAGAAGAUCGAUGUUUUCAAACGUGAACUCCCUCUAUGCAUGCUCUUGAUGAACGAAGCGAUUGAGAGGUUGAAGCAAGAGGCUUCAUCAGUACAAGGGGUAGAACUGGAAACUGAUAAUAAGAAGAACUGGAUGAGCUCUGCUCAGUUAUGGAUCUCGAACACUAACUCCCAGUUUCAAUCGACAAACGAAGAAGAAGACCGGUGUGUGACUCAUAAUAACGCUAACCAACGAGGGGCAAUUCUGUCAUUUAACGUCCCUCCACCACCACCACCUACAGCUCCUCUGUCUCUUCCAACGUCAGAAAUAUUGACUGACUAUAGCAGCAGAAUUGAGCAGAGUCAUCCAAUUCAGAAGAAAGAUGUGAGAAGGAAAUGGUCUGAGGAUCUUCACCGGAGGUUCGUUGAUGCUCUUCAGAAGAUUGGAGGGUCACAAGUGGCAACACCAAAGCAAAUUAGAGAUAUCAUGAAAGUUGAUGGUUUAACCAAUGAUGAAAUCAAGAGCCAUUUACAGAAAUAUAGAAUGCAUAUCCGAAAGCAUCCUCUGCAUCCAGCAAAGAUUUUGAUUGCCUCUGAUCAGCAUGGCUUGUUAGAUAGGGAAACACAGAACUUGGAUUCGCCACAAGGCCCGCUUGUUGAUAGAGGUUGUUGGUUCAGUAAUAAUGGUGGGCAUAGCUCAGAGGAAGAAGAGAAAUCUGAUGGACGUAGCUGGAGAAGUGGAUCAAGGAGGAAGAGACAAGGGUUGGGAUCUUGAGCUUUGAAGAUCGAAUCAUAAUACUAUGCAAUAGUGAUGAAUGAUAAAGUUACCAACUGUGCUCAAAACUUAAAAGUUGUAGAUGUAAACAUGAGAGGGGACAUAAACAGAGGAUUUUGUGCAAUAUAAUAUAGAUAGAGAGAAAGAGAUCAAAAUCUCAGUUUGUGUUUUUUUUUUCCUAACUUCAUAAGAAAGGGAAAUUAAUAAAUCAGAGAUUUUGAUUUUGUUUUUGUUUUCUAAUUAGUAUCAGUAAUUGGUAAAUCUAUGGUCUGUUUACUUAAUAACCUUUGAAAACAUAGGAUGGAAAAAUCACAAAUUAUGCAACACAUCAUUUUCUUCAAUCUUGCAUUAUCUGAACGUUUGGUUGGCUUGGUAUGGGUUUGAUAUAUAAUAGAGACUUGACCAAAUCAAAAUUAAUAAAUUUGACUCGGUCGAUGCAGUUUAUAUAACUAAACCGGGAUCAGAACACUAUUAUUCAAUCUUUGGAUUUGGGCCUUGUGGGCCUCAUCCACCUUCACGUUUGUGUGUGUUCAUUUUACAACAAGCCCAUGUCGAAUCAUAGGGUUUAAGCACAAUCAAUCACAGGAGCUCUAUGCUGUGGAGCUAGAAACUGGUGUGUUUGUUGUUGGGGAGAGAAGAAUGAGAGAAAUAGUGACGAUUCAAGUCGGAGAGUUCGCGAACUUCGUCGGUUCUCAUUUCUGGAACUUCCAGGAUGAGUUGCUUGGGUUGGCUAGUGACCCAGAAAGCGAUCCAAUUUUCCGGAACAAUAAUCUCGACAUGGACGUUCUCUACCGCUCCGGUGCUGUGUUUAAAAAGGCGAUCGCCUUUUGCGCAAAGGCGCAAGGCGCAGUAAGGCGACGGUCCCACCGCCAUAGACCUUUAAGGCGAGGCUAAGUCCGUAAGGCGCUCGCCAUACUGCGCCUUUGGCUUAACUACAAUGCGCCUUAAGCGCUUCGAAAGCGUGCUUUGUAGUUUCUAUUAAAAACUACUUUCACCAAACCCUUAAAACAUCUUGAAAACCAUGUAACAACUACUCUGACCAACCCUUUAAAGACCCUUACAACAUGAAGCUUAGAUUUUUAGUUUUCAAGUUCUCUGUUUUAGUUAUUGGAUUUUAUCAAUGAGUAUAUAGGUGACUGUAUUAGUGUGUAUAUGACUAACUGGUAUAGCUGACUAUAUUAGAUUGUACACGACUCUAACUGUCUGAACUACUCUAUAACUAUCUUUUGUACAUAACCA